UUGUUAGAGAGAUGUUGAGGAAUUACCGAAUACUUUUGGCCAUUUUGCUUUUUGCUGUUUUGAUUGAUAGAUUAAAAGCGGACGACGAUGAUGAAGAAAAUGGAGAAGGGAAUGAUGGAGGUGAUGGGCAAGCAGGUGAAGCUGGAGACGGACAGGAAAAUGAAGAUGGAGCGGCAACUGAAGAAAAGGAAGCGGAAGGGGAUGGAGAAAAUCAAGAUGGGCCAGGCGUAGGCGAAGCAGGAAAGGAGGAUGAGGAACAAACUGAAAAAUCAGAUGGUGAUGCUGAAAAACCUUCAGGCGAGGAUGAAGAGAAUAACGAAGAUGGGGCUCAACAGGGAAAAGAUAAAAACAAACCGGGAAAGCCAGGUUUGCCAGGAAAGGACUCCAAAGAUGCAAACAAAAAAGAUGAUAAAGGAGGCAUUGACCAAGGAAAUAAAGACAGAAAAAAGACUAACAGUGCCCCAGAAACUGACAAAAAUACGCCUAUAAAUCAACCAAGCGGCCAAGGUACUGGACAACCAGGCAUAGGACAGCCAGGUCAACCAGGAGGACAAGCAAAUGUCAACCCAAAUAGUAACAUCCCCUACUCUUCAACAGUCUAUCCAAAUGGUCUGCCUGGCCAAACACAACAAACAAAUAUUAACCCUUCAAAUGUGAAUCCGAUUAAUCCUCCAUAUGUCAAUCCAAUACCCAAUCCAGUCUAUCCACAACAAACAAAUGUGCCUUUACCAACAAAUCCCCCUCCUAUUUACCCUCAAUAUCCAUCUGCAAAUCAACAGCCACCACAACAACAGCCUUAUUCUCCUCCCUCCGGUUUUGGGGCUAGUAAUUCUUUGAAUGAUAUUGAUGCCGACCCUUUCGGGUUUGGAAUAACUUUACAAAGAGAGCAACAACAACAAUAUUCUCCUUAUUCUCAAUAUUAUUCCCAACCGAAUCAAAACAUUCCUCCACAAUAUAAUCCACCAACAAACAAUUUGUAUUCUAACAAUCUUGGCGGAUUUGGAAAUAGUAAUGGGAAACGUGUGCCAGGCCAAACAAGUUUCCCGGUUGAAGAGAGAAGUCAAUUACCUAUGAUUGUGAGUGGAAGUAGGUCUAACAAUUAUAAUGAUCAAAGAGAGCUUUCUCUUGGAAGAGGACGACGUUCUGAUGAUCAACAACAACAACAGCCACAACAACCUCCUGUUCAGCCAACUGUUUGUUUCCGUCCAUCGCCUGGAACAAGUGAUUUUGCAACGUGGUUCCAAAACAUCACAAACGAAAUAAAUUCAAACCCUCAAAAAUUCCAACCGGUUCAGAAUAAUGGUCUAGCUAAUCUAUUGCAACAACAAGCACUAAAUGGGGGAAUUCCUGAAAUUUGUACAAAAUUAGCACAACAAAAUAUACCACAAACAAAUGUAUUUCAACAAGGAAUUUUGGCACGUAAAAAGCGAAGCAAUGGGAGAGGUUAAGAGUGUGAAAAUGAGAUACUUUUUGAUAUAAAAUUUGAGAAAGAUGCCCGGUUAUUUUAUUUA